UUGAAGAAAGCGAAGGCGAAACAGAGAGGAAAGAAGUCGAAAAUGGAGAGCUCUGAAGAAGAGGACGACUUUCCCUCCAUUGAGAGCAUCAUUCCACAGUCCAAGGUCGACUCUCUCUACCAAUCUCACACUGAAAAGGGAAUUAGAAAGCUUUGCUGUGAACUUCUGGAUUUAAAGGAUGCAGUGGAAAACUUACGUGGGAAUAUGCAAACAAAGUACUUGGCUUUCUUGAGGAUAUCUGAGGAGGCUAAAGAAAUGCAAUAUGAGUUGAUUGAGCUGCGGAAACAUAUUUCAGCCCAAGGGAUUCUUGUCCAAGAUCUGAUGACUGGAGUCUCCCGUGAAUUAGAAGAGUGGAACCAAAGUGGUGGUAACUUAAACACCCAAGAACCUACGCAAGACCCUGAGAGUGUUGAGCUUGAAGAUCCCACACCUAUUGAAGUAGAUGAUCACAAGAUAUUUUUGGAAAAUAUUGAUGUUCUCUUGGCUGAACAUAAAGUAGAAGAAGCAUUGGAGGCUUUAGAUGCUGAAGAGAAAAACUCUGCUGAGCUGAAAACCUCAGGAGAUGCUUUCCCAACUGAAGGAUCCACAUACAAAUCUGAGUUCUUGAGAAGAAAGGUAAUGCUUGAGGAUCAGCUAGUUGAGAUUGCUGAACAACCUUCUAUUAGUGUCCUUGAGCUGAAGGAGGCUUUAUCUGGUUUAAUUAAACUUGGGAAAGGUCCUUUAGCUCAUCAGUUACUGCUGAAGUUUUAUGGUUCCCGCAUUCGGAAGAGCAUCGAGGUUUUUCGUCCUUCUUGUUCUGUCUGCCCAAGGACAUAUCCAGCAACAUUAUCUAAGCUUGUAUUCUCUAUAAUCUCACUGACAAUAAAGGAAUCGGGUUUGAUGUUUGGUGACGAUCCUGUUUAUAGAAAUAGGAUUGUUCAGUGGGCAGAAUGGGAAAUCGAGUUCUUUGCUCGGCUGAUCAAAGAGAACGCACCCUCUUCUGAGACAGCUUCUGCUUUACGAGCUGCCAGCGUAUGUGUUCAGGCUAGUCUCAACUACUGUUUGGCACUGGAAUCACAAGGCCUGAAACUGUCCAAAUUAAUUCUGGUCCUUUUGCGCCCCUUCAUUGAAGAAGUUUUAGAAUUGAACUUUAGACGGGCUAGGAAAUUUGUGCUUGGCUUGAUGGAACCUGAUGAAAGCACGCCCUUUUCACCUCGCUUUGCAUCUCCAUUGUCCACGUUUGCACCAUCAUCGGAUAGUGUGCUUGUUGAUAGUGGAAUAAGAUUUAUGUUUGUUGUUGAAGAUUUAUUGGAACAGCUUACCCCAUUGACCGUUUUGCAUUUUGGAGGCAACAUUUUGAGUAGAAUUGGACAACUAUUUGAUAAGUACAUGGAUUCGCUAAUCAAAGCCCUACCCAGCCCCUCAGAUGAUGACCAUAUUACUGAGCUGAAAGAGGUCGUGCCCUUUAGAGUCGAUACAGAUUCCGAACAGCUUUCAAUUUUAGGAAUAGCGUUUACCAUUAUGGAUGAACUACUUCCAAAUGCCGUGAUAACUCUUUGGGCACAGCAGAAUGUCAUUCAGGAAUUAAAAGAUGGAUCUGCUGAAAAUGCCAAGUCUAAUCCGAACACGGCAGCAGAACUAAAAGAGUGGAAGCGCCAUCUUCAACAUUCAUUUGACAAGCUUAGAGAUCAUUUUUGCCGGCAAUACGUUUUGAGUUUCAUUUAUUCACGAGAAGGCAAAACACGAUUAAAUGCACAAAUAUAUUUGGAUGGAAAUGGGGAGGAUUUACAUUGGGACUCUGAUCCCCUACCUUCGCUUCCAUUCCAGGCAUUAUUUGCAAAGUUGCAGCAGUUGGCAACUGUGGCUGGAGAUGUAUUACUUGGAAAAGAAAAGAUACAGAAAAUCUUGCUUGCUAGACUAACUGAGACAGUUGUAAUGUGGUUAUCUGAUGAGCAAGAGUUUUGGGUCGUCUUUGAGGAUGAUUCAGGUUCUCUUCAGCCACUUGGGUUGCAACAGUUAAUUCUUGAUAUGCACUUCACUGUGGAAAUUGCACGUUUUGCGGGUUACCCAUCAAGACAUGUGCACCAGAUUGCAUCGGCCAUAACUGCUCGUGCCAUCAGGGCCUUCUCGUCUAAAGGCAUAGAUCCAAAUAGUGCACUUCCUGAGGAUGAAUGGUUUGUGGAAACUGCAAAAUCAGCAAUCAACAAGCUACUUUCAGGAGCAGAAGGGUCAGAGAUGUCUGAAAUUGAUGAAGAUGACAUGAUUCUGCACGAUGAAAUUGUUUCCGAGUCGGAUGAGACCGUUUCAUCCCUCUCAACAGAAGAGUCCUUCCAGUCCUUUGUUUCUGCAAGUAUGGGUGAACUUGAUAGCCCCGCGGACUUGACGGAUCCUGAAAGUUAGUAAGGCAUUGCAGGCCACAAAAGGUUCGGUCUUAUGCAGCAAUGUAAGUAAAAAGAAUCAAGAGUGAGCUGGCCCUAGGAAAGAAACGGGAAAGAGCGAAAGGGAGAGAGUAAGUCCGCUGGAGUUCCGGGACUGCCCCUGGGCAUGUAGUUGGAUUUCCGGUCUUGAAAAUUGGUUCCGAGGCUCGAAUCAUUAUGGGCCUUUUUGAUGGUGGUGGUUGUGUUUGGCGGGCGGGGUAGCAUUGAUGGGGCAUAUAUGUUUUCGUUUAAAGGAUGGAAUCUAGACGGUCUAGAGGCGUUUUUUUGGCCGUUCCUCGUCUGGUGGUUGUACUCUUUUCUAGUUUUGGUCCAAACGAUGGUGGGCUUCUUUUGGAGGUGGUGGUGUCGGCUCUGGACAAUGCCGGAGGUGGUGCGUGUUUCACGUUCUGCUGUUCGAAGGCAUCUCGUCGACUUCGCCAUUUGUCACUCAAAGCAUUUUUCCUACCCUGAUGGUCCUCUAGUCGGCUGUAUUUUCAUUGAAGGCUUGUGGCGUUCGUGUUUUAGGUUUUAGUUGUUUAUGUUUUAGUUUAAU